AUGAGUUACAAUUUACCGAAUCCCAGUUUGAUAGGUAUCUUGCUUAUCAUUUCGACCCAUAGCGGUCCCCAAUUAAUCUACAAGCAACCGCCAGGACUCACUAAAGAGCCAGACGAAGAUGAAGGCGAAUAUGAUCAGGAGGAUAUAGCUGAAACAGAGUCAGACGAAUACGGGAACUAUUUCGAAUACGACGAGGACAGUAAUAUGUAUGGAACGAACCUAUAUAAACAAUGGGAUGCUAAUCAUUUGAACUAUUAUAUGGGGACAAAAAAGGACCUCAUUCUGUUCUUAGACGAAAUAGAAACAAAGAGAAAACAGGCUUCAAUGAAAGCAGUUGCCAAGAAGAGAAGUCAAUUGUCUAAGAUAGCUUCCAACCCAAGUACAAUUCUGACAACAGGCAAUCUGGGCAAUGAUUCGAUCUUCGGAAUUGAACCAGCCUACCUAUGUGAAAUGUUGGCACCACCGAAGAAAAUGUGCAAUUCUCGGUUUGAAAUUAUGAUUGACGACAAGAUUUUUUUGGGCCUCCCAGUGCAUAAAUAUGACAAUGGCUCAUGGAGAUUGAAGGGCUCUUCCAAGCGGAUCAACCGUAACAAAGAGGAAAAUACACAUCAACACGAGGUUGACAAUUCUAAAUCAAAAUUGAACCUCAACAUGUUUCAUCUUGUUUUCAUAAUGAACCCACCAGUAAUAGAAUAUAAUUAUAGAAUCGACGAAAUGUUUCACUACGUCAUAUCACGAUUGUCAUUAGUCUUGCGAUAUGAACAGCUGAAAAAUGACUUCAUUUCUAACCAAGUCAAGAUGAUAUUAAAUCUAAAGGAGCAGUUCAAAGAAAAGGAAGAGUUGGAAAGCCAACUACUCAAUAAAUCUUCUCUUUGUAAAAUGAUUCAUGAUUGCUAUUUAUCAAUUUCUCAGUCAAAAAUUGCCAAUCUUUCAGUCAAUAAUAAACUCAGAUCCUUCCAGAUUCCCAUUAAGACUGAAUUCCAUUCCUUGCCAGAAUCCUCAGUUCCUUUUAUUCCCGGCUCUCACCUCUCCUCGACCGUAGGUUUACUUGGAACUACUGGACUAAUCAACGUGGGCGAAACAACAAGGUACGGGGAAGCAAUGAAUGACGAAAAUGAAGGGAUCAGUGAAGCAGCAGAUGAUAUUGUAUAUUUUGCACUUCUUCUACUAGAUGAUGCCGAGUCAAUUAUACGAGAUAUCAAAACAGAACUGAGUGGGACUUUGGCUAAGUUCAUUAGAAUGAUAAAUCCUACAGAAUCGCUAUUAAAGUUAUCUACGAGAAGCAAUAGUUUGGAUACUUUACAAGUGAAGUCCUUUGCUUUUCAUUUAAUAUAUUGGAGAAGAGCUCGAGUAAUUCAGCCUUUGAGCACUAGAUCUGUUUAUUUCGUGUCACCAAUGGCUCCUAUUACUACAAAUUUAUACACCGAUAUUCGGGAAUUUAAAAAAUCAUUUCCAACAUUGCCUUCUCUUCCACAGUUUUUAAAGUUGCUUUCUCCACAAUCCAAAAAGCCCUCUCAAUUUGCCACCGUUAUUCCUUCGAAGGAUCACCGUGACAUUUACUUUGAAGCUUUGAGUUGGUUAAUACGUUUUGGAUAUGUAACUCAGUUGCAAACCUUUAUUUGGCUCAAAAUAUCAAGGAAGAUUAAAAUAAAAGUGGAAGAAGAUUUGGAAAAUGAGAGCUCUUCUCGGAAGAGGUCUAACAUAACCAAGAAGUUGUUAAUGGGCGGUACAGAUAACAGUUCAAAAGACCCUGCAGCAGAAUCGUCUACAGACAAUAGAAUCAUGGACCAAAACGAUGAUAAAGAAGAGAAUGCAACGAAACAGUUGAGUAACAUUAAUGCUGAAGAUCAAGAAAUUGAGAACAUAAAAGAAAGGUUGAAAUCCACUUCGUUAGGACCGCUUGUAAGCUUGGAAGAUGACGAUGAUACGAUCCUCCUUGACCCAGGAAGAGCAACAACCUUGGAAAGACGCUGGAUCAACAAGAUAAUAUUUGAUGAAUGCAAAUUGUCAUCAGAAUUGACAAAUGCAUUCUACAAAUUGUUAAAGUAUAUGGAUGGGAAAAGCCCGCUUGAGUUGCUUUUGCUAAAGGAGAAUAUUUCAAGAACUGAAAUUAGAAAGUUGCUCAUCGCUAUAGAAGACCACAUAAUAUCAGUUAGGCAUUGGUGA